AGGAUGGCGGCGGAGAACGAGGCCAGCCAGGAGAGCGCCCUGGGCGCCUACUCACCCGUGGACUACAUGAGCAUCACCAGCUUUCCGCGGCUGCCGGAAGACGAGCCAGCGCCCGCUGUCCCGCUGCGGGGCCGCAAGGACGAGGACGCCUUCUUGGGAGACCCUGAGACUGACCCAGACUCCUUCCUGAAAUCGGCAAGGCUGCAGCGACUGCCGUCGUCAUCAUCAGAGAUGGGUAGCCCCGAUGGGUCUCCACUUCGGGAGACUCGCAAGGACCCGUUCUCGGCUGCAGCGGCUGAGUGCUCCUGCCGCCAGGACGGGCUUACUGUCAUCGUCACUGCCUGCCUCACCUUCGCCACGGGUGUCACUGUGGCGCUCAUCAUGCAGAUCUACUUCGGGGACCCCCAGAUCUUCCAACAGGGUGCAGUGGUGACCGAUGCUGCCCGCUGCACAUCGCUGGGCAUCGAGGUGCUCAGUAAGCAGGGAUCUUCGGUGGAUGCGGCCGUGGCAGCUGCCAUGUGUUUAGGGAUCGUUGCCCCACACAGCUCAGGCCUGGGCGGAGGGGGUGUGAUGCUGGUACAUGACAUCCGGCGAAAUAAGAGCCGACUGAUUGAUUUCCGGGAGUCCGCACCAGGGGCUCUCAGGGAGGAGGCCCUGCAGAGAUUCUGGGAGACCAAGCCUGGGCUCUUGGUGGGGGUCCCCGGAAUGGUGAAGGGGCUUUACGAAGCUCACCAGCUCUAUGGCAGGACUCUCCUUCCCAGGAACCCCCCUCCUCCCAAGACCCCUCCUCCUGCCUCAGGACUCCCUCCACCCCCUGCUCUCCGCCUCCCCCCAUCCAGGCUGCCAUGGUCCCAAGUCCUGGCUUUCGCUGCAGCUGUGGCCCAAGAUGGCUUCAACGUGACCCAUGAUCUAGCCCGCGCCCUGGCGGAGCAGCCACCUCCCAACGCGUCCGAGCGUUUCCGCGAGACGUUCCUGCCGUUGGGCCGCCCGCCGCUACCUGGCUCUCUGCUGCGUCGGCCCGACCUGGCGGCUCUGCUGAGUGCGCUCGGCACCGCCGGCCCCGCCUACUUCUACGCCGGCAACAACCUCACGCUGGAGAUGGUGGCAGAGGCUCAGCAUGCAGGGGGUGUCAUAACUGAGGAGGACUUCAGCAACUACAGCGCCCUUGUGGAGAAGCCCGUGUGUGGCAUGUACAAAGGCCACUUGGUUCUCAGUCCUCCACCCCCACACACAGGCCCUGCCCUCAUCAGUGCUCUCAAUAUUCUGGAGGGCUUCAACCUCACCAGCCUGGUAUCCCGGGAACAGGCUCUUCACUGGGUGGCAGAGACCCUGAAGAUUGCAUUAGCCCUGGCCAGCAGACUGGGAGACCCCGCCUACGAUUCUACCAUCACUGAGAGCAUGGAUGACAUGCUCAGCAAGGUGGAGGCAGCCUACCUCCGGGGCCACAUCAAUGAUUCCCAGGCAGCUCCUGCCUCACUCCUGCCUGUCUACGAGCUGGAUGGGGCUACCUCGGCUGCCCAGGUGCUGAUCAUGGGCCCUGACGACUUCAUCGUGGCCAUGGUCAGCUCCCUGAACCGGCCCUUUGGCAGCGGCCUCAUCACUCCCUCGGGGAUUCUGCUCAACAGCCAGAUGCUGGACUUCUCUUGGCCCAACAGGACUGCUAACCACUCUGCACCCAGCCUGGAGAAUUCGGUGCAGCCAGGGAAGCGGCCAUUGUCUUUCCUGCUACCCACUGUGGUCCGACCAGCAGAGGGGCUCUGUGGGACUUACCUCGCCCUGGGGGCCAAUGGGGCUGCCCGGGGCCUCAGCGGCCUGACCCAGGUUCUGCUGAAUGUUCUGACCUUGAACCGGAACCUGAAUGACAGCCUAGCCCGUGGCCGCCUGCACCCGGACCUGCAGUCCAACCUCCUGCAGGUGGACAGUGAGUUCACAGAGGAAGAGAUUGAGUUCCUGGAAGCCAGGGGCCACCACGUGGAGAAGGUAGAAGUCUUGUCCUGGGUCCAUGGCAGCCGGAGAACCAACAACUUCAUCAUCGGUGUGAAGGACCCUCGAAGCCCAGAUGCAGCUGGAGCCACCAUGGUGUAGAGCAGUGGGGUGGGGUGGGGUCUUUGCUCCUCCCCCUUUGCAUGUUCCCAGAGUUCCCCCUCCUCCCAGGUUUGGUCUCAGGGGGACCCCAGGGAUGCCCCAGGUCAGGGGCCAAAGGGGAUGCUUAGCAAACCCUAUCCCAGAAUAACUGGAAAAAUCUCCCAAGGCCUGUGGUGAUGGUGGUGGGUGUCAGUCUCCACAACCAGGCAAUCAGGAUCUUGAGGAGUCGGACUGUCUGUCUCCUCUACUCCCUCAGCCAUGCUGGCCCUGAGCUUAGGGACGUGCUUGCAAACCUUUCUGGAAGGUUCUCACAAACAACCCCAAAAUCGCCAGUCUGGCCUAAUCUAGGCCUUGUCUUCCAGCUCCCUUCCCCUGUCCCCAGCCUCAUUUCUUAAAUGACUAGGAUUUUUUUAACGGACCAUUCUGUGGAGGGGGUGCUCCUCUCCUCCUCCUACCAGGUUGAGGCCAAGGACCUUGCAUCAGAGGGUCCCCAGGGUGUGGAGAAGGGGUGGGGGUGGGGACCAGCUCAGGGGCUUCCAUUUGCAAAAGGGAAUUAAAGAAAGAAUAUUGCUUAA